AUGUUGAUUCCAAUACUCGAUUAUUCACUUCUACACGUAUUGGUAAUUCGUGACUUCAACGUGAUGUUUACGUUUGUUGUGGCCAGUUGGGAAGAGAUAACACAUGAUUCUAGAGUGAGGUAUUCGCUUGGAGAUUUCCGUCAAAGACGUGCGUUAACCAGUAAAGAAAAAUUUAACCAUGUACGUGCAAAACUUCGGAACAUUAUUGAGCGUGUUUUUGGUAUCUUGAAAGCACGAUUCCCUAUAUUGAAGAUGAUGGCACCAUUCUCGUUGGUUACACAAAGAAACAUUACCCUUGCAUGUUUCACGUUUCAUAAUUUUAUAAGAAGAGAGGGACUAAGUGAUGAGUAUUUUGCAAGAUAUGAUGAACCAAAUUUCUCGGUUCGAAAUAACAAUAUGUCCUUUGAUGAUGAUGAAGAUGAGAUUCCAAAACAUGAUACUGCAGCGGAUCGUGAACAGAUAACCCGUUAUGGGAUGAAAGUAUCGAGCAGUUGA